AUGGGUGAUAUUGCGCGUCUUUGUCGCUUCAUUAUACGCGAUGAUUUCGGAGACAUUGUGGCGAAAGUAGCAAAAGUAUUGUUAGAAAAGGGACGACUCUCAUUCCUUUCAAUUCGUCGCUUCACAAAGCUCGAUGUCAAGAGUAUUAAAGAAAAUCUCGUGAUUCUCAUGCAACACAAUAUGGUGUACUAUGCUGAAAUAACGGAGAACAACCGAACUAUUGUGUAUUAUCAUCUUGAUAUGCGAGAGGUGCUUGCUAGACAGAGAAUUGGGCUAUACUUGUGGCAUUCGAAGAAUUUGCAUAAUGUUGAGUUGGCACCCGCAAUUAUUUAUUAUAUACUAUUGAAUGGAAAGGGAACAUUAAAGGGAGUUCUGAGUCAUUAUUUUUAUGAAAAAGACGCGGAGGGACCGGAUUCGACAAAAAAUAAAACAAUCAUAAAAAGAUCUUUCGAAAAAUUAAUAAGAGAACACUAUCUGCUUCCUGUAUUCCGUGAAGACACCAUAUCAGCAUUGGAUAAGAGAAACGAACAAGAGCAGAAAGCGUUGAUUGAACGGCAACUUAUUCUACCGACGAAGAAAGAAAUGUCAGAUAUCAGAUCCAAAAUCGAUAGUGAUAUCCGAAAUGCCGAUAAAGCAGCUCAGAGUUUGAAACGAAAAGCUGAUGAUAAUUUAGAGUCCUCGGAUUCUAACAAGAUGCUAAAAACCGAUGAAACUGUUGAUGAAAACACCUAUUACAGGGUGAAUUACGAAAGAUUUAAUAUUCGAUCAAGGAAUGCUCAAAUAGCCGCAUUUGCUGGAGAACGCAUUAACGAAUCUGCGAAAUGCGUAAUGAGAAGAAUUCUUGAGAUAGCAGAUGACCCAAAUUCAAAAAUAGAGGCUGCCGAGUCCGGACAGCUAUCCAAAACAACAAUCACCAAAAAAAUACCACAAAGUGCACGGAUUGGCGACUACAUUGUCUUUGACGGCAUCUCCAGAAACCCGUCCCACGAAUACAUCGUUGACCAGUACCUCCAAUUGCUAACAGAAGACGAAGCGAAAUUCAUUCGCAGAAAGGAUUCCACCGCGUCGUAUUCUGUAAGGUAUAAGGAACUUUGUCAGAAGAUGAAGCAGCGAAAGUUGGAAACUUUCUUGCAGGAGAAAUAUGGGAGUGAGAGUGUGCGGAUAUUGAGGAUAUUGACGACUAAAGGGAAGUUGGAUGAGAAAAAUAUUGCAAGUUUUGCGUUGAUGGGACAACCUGAAACCAGGAAAUUAGUCGACCAAUUAUUUGUUGGCGGAUUUGUCGAAUUACAAGAAGUACCGAAAGUAGCCGAACGCACACCUUCACGAACAUUCUACCUCUGGUACGUCGACCUCAACAAAUGCUACCAACGAAUGAUAUCCGACGUGUAUCGCACUCUCGGGAAUAUCCACGAACGUCGGCUGUACGAGACUGCCGUGCGUAAUGGUCUAAUAGAGAAAAAAGAACGGGCGGAAGAAAUGCGGAACCCCGAUUUACUUAGUGAUGCGGAUAAAGACGCGUUGUAUGUGUUUAAUGGAUUGUUGAACAAACUUGAUCUAGCAGAGUUGAGGCUUGUCGAGUUAGAGAUGUUGAUGUCGGAUUUUGUGUAG